AGAGACCUGUUUCCAUAGACAACACUAAAACCUAUAUUCUUUACCAAAAAAGAAUUAUUUGCAAAAUUUAAACUUAAAAAUCAUAAUAGAAUCAUAUGUAUCUCAACACAAACCAGGUCUAAACUUUGUUCACCAGUAUUUAUUAAUUCAUUAAAUAAGUGUUUAGUAGUAGUACUACUUAUUUAAUAGCUUUUCAGCUGCAUUUGGAAUCAAUCAUCUACCUCUUUGAUUGAACCCUAGCUGACUCUCUCUCUCUCAUCAACACAAAGUUUCAAUCUUUCAGGUGAUUUGAUCGUGAGAUGAAUCAAGAAUUUGGAGCUGCAAUCAGUAGAGAGGAACUUGUGAAUGCUUGAAGACUGUGUUGGGAUAAAUGUUUAAUGCGUGGAAGAAAUUCAAUUGGUCGAGUUGUUCAAUCGUGGAAAGCAUGUUUUUGGGAAACAACAAAGCCUAAGGUAGCCUUGAAUUCUCCCGAAAAAGGGUCACUUGCUCAAAAUGGAUCAUCAUGGAAAUGGACAGCCUCCAGGUAUUGGAGUCGUUUCUAGCUCAGCUCCAAUAUAUGGUGCUCCAUACCAAGCUAACCAAAUGGCAGGGCCGUCUCCUCCUGCAGUUUCAGCUGGCGCAAUUCAAUCUCCUCAAACAGCUGGUCUUUCUGCUUCCUCAGCCCAGAUGGCACAACAUCAGCUCGCUUAUCAGCACAUUCAUCAGCAGCAACAACAACAAUUGCAGCAGCAACUCCAAACUUUCUGGGCAAAUCAAUAUCAAGAAAUCGAGCAUGUUACUGAUUUCAAGAAUCAUAGCCUGCCAUUGGCAAGGAUCAAGAAAAUCAUGAAAGCAGAUGAAGAUGUUAGAAUGAUUUCUGCAGAAGCACCAGUUAUAUUUGCUCGUGCCUGUGAGAUGUUCAUACUUGAGUUGACACUGCGUGCAUGGAACCACACCGAGGAGAACAAAAGGAGGACACUGCAGAAAAAUGAUAUCGCAGCAGCCAUAACAAGGACUGACAUAUUUGAUUUCUUAGUUGACAUUGUACCAAGGGAGGACUUGAAAGAUGAGGUGCUUGCAUCAAUUCCUAGAGGAACCCUUCCUGUUGGAGGCCCGACUGAGGGUCUGCCAUUCUAUUAUGGCAUGCCACCGCAGUCUGCUCCACCGGUUGGAGCUUCAGGGAUGUACAUGGGAAAGCCUGUUGAUCAAGCUCUUUAUGCUCAGCAGCCCCGUCCAUAUAUGGCUCAGCCAAUUUGGCCCCAGCAACAACCACCACCCUCAGAUUCUUAAGCAGCUCAAAGCUUUAGUUCACAGUAAGCCAGGAGCGUAGUAGCAGAGAGUAGUCCAAGUAGCAAAGUACUGGAGAACACACCAGAGGGAUAGCAGUCUGCAUACUUUGAACUCUUUAAUAUAUAGACAUGAAGCACCAGUUGUUGAAAGUUAAGUGUUCCUUAGUGUUAGCUUAAACUUCAUACAGUGAGCUUGAUGUUUUUUAGUUUAUGUUCUGAGUGGUAAUCUUUUGUGAAUUAUAAAGUAAAACCUGGGUUUAGGUUGCUUAUGUGCAUAUCUAUCUAUCUCCCUUUCUGCCUC